ACUAAAUGUGGUGGCUUCGAGUUUUGUAGCGUAAUUUUGAGAAGCAAAAAGACUCGUUUUGAGGUUUGGGGGAGACGAACUCCCUUGUUUAUUUAGUUUGGCCGCCAUGAUGGUGAGCAGAGUCAAUGAGCACUCAUAUCAAAACCAGAAAAGGUACGGUGGCCAUUUGGAAUUACACAGAGCGACCGGAUGUGGACGCGUUCUGCACAUGCGUAGAACCCUGCGGAACUGAUUGUGUUCCGGGUUUGUAUUGCUAGCUUGGGGACAGUGUCGGUUCCGGUAUUUACUUCGAAACUUAACCAUACGUUUAAAAACGUCCUUAGCUUGUUUUAUCCAACCUUUUGUUUCAAAAUGUGGUUGCCUCGAGUUUUGUAGCGUAAUUUUGAGAAGCAAAAAGACUCGUUUGAGGUUUGGGGGAGACGAACUCCCUUGUUUAUUUAGAUUGGCCGCCAUGAUGGUGAGCAGAGUCAAUGAGCACUCAUAUCAAUACAAGAAAAGUUACGGUGGCCAUUUGGACAAUAUCAACAUUGUACGAAAUAUGUAAUUAUUCAUUUAGCAACUACACUGUAAUGACUUCAUUUCUUUCAGUAGCUCGAUUAUUUUAUUCUACACAUCAUGAAAUAUUUCACAAAUACAUUCCUUCAACAUUUUCAUUAUCGGAAUAAAAAUCAUGAAUCAGUCCCAAAACGUCAUAUGGAACCCAAACGCAGCACACCCAGUACUGUAUAUUUCAUGGACAAACAGGCUGUGGGUUCUCAGCGCCGUAGUGCCCUUUUUCCUAAAAGAAUGAAUGACUGCCGCGGAUGGGCCGACAAGUCAAGGUUCUCCUCUCACUCAUUGUGGAAGUGGUAAGUUUGUUUUGUCUUCUUUGUCCUUCUACCCCACUCUGUUUGAUUUGAAACUUUUUAUUACAUUGAAAAUAAGUCAAUUAGCGAGGCUAGGUUGCUAGCUCAGUAAGCUAGCAGUGGCCGUGUGCAGUGAUCCUGCAGUAAAACAAAGAAUAGGAAUGUCAAAGUGACUGUAGGGGUGUUAUAUUAUGUAUGGAGGGCUCUAAUAAUGAAUAAUUAAGUAAGGCAGCGGGUCUGGAACCAAUUCUACGUUUUUUUUGACUGAACGGUGAGACCAAGACCACCUUCAGCUGGAGGUGGUCUACCACAGCCAGCUGUCCAGAUGCUGGACGCAGUAACAGGACUGCUCCAGGAUGACUGACAGCUCCCCGUAGAUCUUCUCUCUCCACGUGGGCAGGAGUCUCUCAUUGUUGAGGGCCUGGAGCCUCGGCGUCCCCUCCCGGAGGACGUGGUACAUGCAGGGCCACCGGCUCUGGAUCCUCAGCCGGGUGCGCCUGUCCAGUGUGAUGCCACGCACGAUCUUCUUGGCUCGGAGCUCACGAAGAGUGGGCAGCUUAAGACACGAGAAGACCAGACCCCUGCUCUGCGACACAUCCAAGAACUCCAGAGACAGCGACUCCAGAGUGUAGGAGAUGCCGAGGUUCCUCAGCGGCACCAGGAUGUGUAAAGUCAGAGACUUCAGGUUUGGGAGCGACGCGGUCAGAGUCUGCAACGUGGAUGGAGUCACUCCUUUGAAAACCCAGAAGUACUUGAGCUCCAGGACUCGGAGAUGUCGGAAUCGGCCGAGCAGCGACACGGACAACUCGGACCAGUCGAAGUGUAAACGCAUCUUCGCGAUGCGAGGACAGGUCUCGGUGAGUUUGCUGAGAAGCUCCUGGAAGCUGGUCACCUGGAAAAAGAACCAAGGUACUAAAUAUCACCAUGAAGAUGAUCCAAAGAAGUCUUAGCUUAGCAUCACCUGGUCCAUUUUAGUGAUGCUGUCCUGAUGGGAACUGGAGCUGGAAUGCACUCUGAGAUCCAGCGGCUCCAGAAGAGUAAAGGUCCAGUUCAGGUCCAGAUGACUGAGGUCCCGGCAGUGGACGUGGUCCAGGAGGUGGCACAGAAGGUCUCCCCACUUGUGGAAGCGGUCCCCUAAAUCGAAGCUGGCCUUCAACGUGAGAAGACUUGCCCGCCGCGAGAUGAGGUGAUGGGUGUAGUGGUGAACCCACGACUUCCAGCGGUCAAAGACGCGAUUGGACACCAGAAGUCCCUCCUGACCCAGGUGGAAGACUCCGCGGCGGGAAUAGUCGGCGACACGCCACAGCUUCCACGAGCGAAUCAGGCGGCUCCAGCUCAGGCAAACCAAAGCGCAGCUGCAUUUAUCCACCUCGUUCAGGAACGACAGAACAUGGAGCUGGCAUUCCACCGGGAGCAGAUCGAAAGGGAAGUAGUCGUCCGUGGCUUUCCGACGCUUCCCGAUGGGAACCAGGGCUCUUUUACGAGGCGACAUGUUGGCGGCGGUCAGACUCGCCACCUGGAGGUCUUGUGAGCCGGCUUUGCCAUAAAUCCUUCUGGUCACCUAAAAUACCCAGUUAGUCGAUAACAUGCUAACAGUUAGCAUGCUAGCAUCAAAUGUGCCAAAGCUGUCCUAAAGUGUGCCUGCGUCGUAUUUAGACAUGAGAAAAUUAGCUAAAUCUGAUUGCUCCACCAUAUUGCUAACUCGGAGCACGUACCCGAAUACAGUACACCACUCUGGUUCUCCUGACGGUAACAUGCGGCCAUAUUUGAUUAGGGCAAAGCAACAAGUAGACUUAGCAUGUCACGUGAUUCCACCGUCCCAUGUCUUACGUAUUGUUUUAUAACCUUCUCACCUUUGUUAGUCAUAUAAAGUUGAUAUUUAUAUCACAGUUAUGUUUGUAAAUGAAAGAGGGAAAUAAUAAUUAUACAUUUACAUUCAGUGGACGGUGCUAAAUAAUCAUAAAUGACGGAUGGAUGGAACUUCCGGUACAUCCUAGCGAGAUUAAACAUAAUAAUUUCUCUUCUGAAUCAAAUUGCUGCGUUCUGACGUGUUUAACAUCGAUAAAAAUGACUUUUUUAACGUAAUCGAUGACAGCGACAAGGUUGAUAUUUGACACCGACCGUGUGGACUUACCUUCCGCGGUAGUUUCAAAGCUAGCCUGCUAAGAAGCUAACGUCAGGACGAAAGGAGGAAAAAAAAAAAAGAGUUGUUGCCGGAAGUGCAACUGUACAAAUAUGUGUAUCAUAAGCUAAGCGCAUGCGCUGCGUGGCUACGGGAUAACAGAAACUGUGUUUUAAAAAAGGAUGUUUGUUAUUUAUCGCCUCCGCUUACAAACAGCUGACUUCUGUUGUUGUUUUUGCUCAACCGGAAAUGACGUCAUAAAAAGCAGCCGAGCUACACCGUGUCAACUGCAAUGCUAGAUGGCGCUAUCCGGCCACUUGUAUUUUAUAUUUAUUUGAAAAUACGGAUAACCAUAUUUUAGUUAACAGUAAUUAUUAAUUUCUAUUUUAAAUGCUAACACAAGAAUGAAUAUUUAUAUAAAAAAAGUCUUAGGUCUAAGUAGGCCGUGUGGUCCUUCGCUUGUUUACGUACAGGCGGGAGGAAAACGUCUGCUUUGUUUAAGUCCCGCCCCCAGCCCCAAUACUGCAAGGGCUGUGUCUAAUCCCACCAAUCAAGAGCUGUGACUGGCGUACGUGUGUCACGUGACCACGCAGUCCCCGCCCUACCGUCGUGUGUGUUGUAUAUGCGCGUGACUGUAACAUCUUAAUUCAUUCUAAAGCAGGCUCCUUUUUAAGCUAGUCUCAUUUCUGGUCCUUUUAGAAGCCAUUAAAGACGUACCGCUUAGAAACAAAUCAUCACAUCUCUUCAGAAGCGUUAACAAAGAGUCCUGUACCUUAAAAAAUAAGCUAAAAUGAAAACCAAGUUCAUAAACGGAGUUUCUUCCUCGCCCUCCAUGUCGCUGGGCCUUCUGGUUACCGACAACGUCCUUCAGGUCCAGCCCAGCACCCAGGAGGUCUGGAAGGACCUGACCCGCCCCGAUAGCCCAGACAGGGACACACGGAGUCGGGCUUACCGCUGGUGUAAGGAGUUCCUCAAUGGUUCCUGGAGAAGCCUGGCAGAGGACGACUUCAACAUCACCAUCAUCAGGGGUGGGCUGAGCAACAAGCUCUUCCUGUGCAGCCUCCCAGACAGCGUGGGCACGGUCGGGGAUGAGCCGAGGAACGUCCUGCUGCGUCUCUACGGAGCCAUCCUGCAGGGGGCAGAGGCCAUGGUGCUGGAGAGCGUGAUGUUUGCCAUCUUGGCAGAGCGGGAACUGGGACCUAAACUCUACGGUAUUUUCCCGCAGGGACGCCUGGAGCAGUAUGUACCGAGCCGCAAGUUGGACACCUGCGAGCUGAGCGAGGCCAACAUUUCAGCGGAGGUUGCGGACAAAAUGGCCAAGUUCCAUGGAAUGAGGAUGCCCUUUAACAAGGAGCCCACGUGGUUGUUUGGAACCAUGGACAAGUACCUGAGCCAAGUUUUGAGGCUGACCUUCACUCGAGAGUCUCAGCUGCGUCGCUUCAACAGCCUGCUGAGCUACGACCUGCUGCAUGAGAUGGACUGGCUCAAGUCCCUGUUGGAGUCCACCAACUCCCCGGUGGUGUUUUGCCACAACGACUGCCAAGAAGGAAAUAUCCUGCUGCUGAACUGCCGUCACCAGUCGGACAAACAGAAGCUGAUGCUAAUCGACUUUGAGUACAGCAGCUAUAACUACAGGGGCUUUGAUCUUGGCAACCAUUUCUGUGAGUGGAUGUACGACUACAACUGUGAGCAGUUUCCUUUUUUCAAAGUGAACCCCCAGGCGUAUCCCUCCAAGGCUCAGCAGCUCCACUUCAUGGAACACUACCUGCGUGCGUCCGGUGGAGACUUUGACAACCUGAGCGUGGAGGACCAAGUGAAAAUGAAGGAGGAGUUGUACGUGGAGGUCAACAGGUUCUCUCUUGCAUCCCACUUCUUUUGGGGCCUGUGGUCCAUCAUCCAGGCCCGCCUCUCCACCAUCAAGUUUGGGUAUCUGGAGUACGCCAUGGCCAGGUUCGAUGCCUACUUCCAGCACAAGAAGCUGUGGGCUGUCUGACCGUGGAGAAGAUGGAAGAUCCCACGCCCGAUGGCGCUCGCUGCUGCUGCUGCUGUUGUUGGCGUGCGGUACCAUAACGUACGGUACCAUGGCGUGCAGUACCAAAGCGUACAGUACCAUAAUAUACGGUACUAUAAUAUACGGUACGGUACCUUGUCAUGCAGCUUCUGCUUUGCUCCAUUCCAAUGACUACUCCAGUAGCUAGAGCGGGCCGUGUAGGAAUAUUCUAUCUACAUCAUCUGGAUCUACGCCCCCCACGGCCUUCUCACGUAAUACACACUAUUUACUAUUCACACCACUUUGCAGUAGAAGUAGCGGAAGUAGUACAGUAGUAGUAGAGUACUUCCAUGUCACGCUUCCAGCUGCACUCAAACUGUCAUCAAACCAAAAUGACCAAAGUGGUGUCAGCGUGUCAGUCAAGUCCUAGUUGGAUACUUGGACUGUAUUACACGGUAUUACAUUGUACUGCAUUACGCAGUACUCCCACAGUAUUCCCUCAUUUUCCCAAAAGGACAAAUUUGAUUUGUUGUUUACGAGUAUUAUUUUCAUAUUACAAGUUGAAAGAAGGAUUUAUUUCAGUGAAGGAUAACAAACAAGCAGAGGUGCCGCAAGGCAUGCUGGGAGUGCUUCCCAGCAUGCCUUGCGGUGGCGCUGAGUUUGAGAUCCCUUGUCUUCUAAUAAGCACGCAUUGGACAUAAGCUACAGGUGCAUGGCCAUGAUGUUAGGCAUCUUUUUAACACUAAACCAUCGUGCUAAUGACCUCCCAAUGGCUGCUAGUGCGGAUGUACAGUAUGAUAGUAUAGUACAGAUGUACAGUACAAUAGUAUAGUACAGAUGUACAGUACAAUAGUAUAGUACAGAUGUACAGUAGGGAUGUAUAGUACGGAUUUGUAGUACAGAUUUACAGUAUGGAUGUACAAUACAGAUGUAUAGUACAGAUGUACAGUAUGGAUGUAUUAUACAGAUGUACAGUACGAUAGUAUAGUACAGAUGUACAGUAAGGAUGUACAGUACGGAUGUAUGGUACAGAUGUACAGUAUGGAUGUACAAUACGGAUGUAUAGUACAGAUGUACAGUGCGGAUGUAUAAUACAGAUGUACAGUACGAUAGUAUAGUACAGAUGUACAGUAGGGAUGAAUAGUUCAGAUUUAUAGUACAGAUGUACAGUAUGGAUGUACAAUACAAAUGUAUAGUACAGAUGUACAGUAUGGAUGUACAGUACAGAUGUACAGUACGGAUGUACAGUAUGGAUGUACAAUACAAAUGUAUAGUACAGAUGUUUAGUACAGAUGUACAGUACGGAUGUAUAGUACAGAUGUACAGUAUGAUUGUACAGUACGGAUGUAUAGUACAGAUGUAUAGUAUGGAUGUACAAUACGAAUGUGUAGUACAGAUGUACAGUAUGAUUGUACAAUACGGAUGUAUAGUACAGAUGUAUAGUAUGGAUGUACAAUACGAAUGUGAAUGUAUAGUUCAGAUGUACAGUACGGAUGUAUGUAUAGUACAGAUGUACAAUAUGGAUGUACAAUACGGAUGUAUAGUACAGAUGUACAAUACAAACAUAUAGUACAGAUGUACAGUACGGAUGUAUAGUACAGAUGUUUAGUACGGAUGUACAGUACGGAUGUCUAGUACAGAUGUAUAGUAUAGAUGUAUAGUACAGAGGUAUACUAGUAUGGUUGUACAAUACGAAUGUAUAGUACAGAUAUACAGUACGGAUGUAUAGUACAGAUGUAUAGUACAGAUGUACAGUACAGAUGUAUAGUACAGAUGUACAGUACGGAUGUAUAGUACAGAUGUAUAGAUGGCCUAGUACAUACACUAUAGUACACUGUAGUACACUAUAGUACAGUAGAGUAUACUGUACACGGCAGCAUCAAAGCCCGCAGAAUGUGAUCUACUUGGCAUGAAAUAUUAUGUCUUGGCAUUAUUCUCGUUACCUCAUCUUUAUCCUGUGAGACUGCUUUGUUAGCGUAGCAUAACGUAGCAUAGCAUAACGUAACGUAGCGUUACCAAAGUGUGCAUCCAUUCCAUAUAGUGUUCAUUCUUUUUAUGUUGUUUAUUGUUGAAUGUAGAAAAACUGUUCCUGACUGAUUCCAACAUGGCCGCCAUAUUUUAUACAUGACGUUUUUCCUAUUUCUUUUUCUUUCUUUUUUUUACACAAUCAGAUAUGAUACUUGAUGAUGGAUGAUUUUUUUUUAAUGUUCUGUAAUUUACACGUUAUCAAAUUCAAUGAAGAAUGCAUUCCUGGCACAUGUGAUUUUUUUUGGGGGGGAGGGGGGUGUUACUGACAUGAAUUAAAACAUGUAAAAUAAAUCAAAUAAAAAUAAUAAAAUAAAAAUUGA